AUGUCGACUGAACCAGAUUCUGAGAAGUACCCCAGCGACAACACACCAUGGGACCAGGAUGCUGCAAACCCGCAGAACUGGAGUAAGUUGAAAAAGACAGUCAACCUCGGAAUAGUAUCAAUCCUCGCUUUCAUAACGCCCUUGGAAUCCUCAAUUAUUGUCCCAGGCGUCCCCCUCCUCAAACGAGACUUUCACGAAACUCGAAAACCCGUCACAUCCCUCGUCGUAUCAAUCUUUGUCCUUGGAUUUGCAUUUGGCCCUGUUCUUCUCUCACCCUUGUCCGAACUCUAUGGCCGCCGUCUGCUUUUCAAUAUCUCCAAUGUCAUCACACUCUGUUUCUCAAUCGGUAGUGCCUUGGCGCCAAACAUCGCAUGCUUUAUCGUCUUUCGAUUCAUAGCUGGUAGUUUUGGGGCUGGGCCGAUGAAUAUUGGAGGGGGAAGUAUCGCGGACCAGGUUGAGUUGUCCAAGAGAGGGUUUGUCAUGUCGAUUUUCUUCACUGGGAUAUUCUUGGGUCCUGUUAUUGGACCUGUAAUAGGGGGUUUCAUCGCUAAAGACCUAGGUUGGAGAUGGGUUUUCUGGGUCAUGACUAUCGUUAAAGGCGUCAUGACAAUAGCAACCUUUCUCUUCCUUGCCGAAAGUCAUGCUCCUACGAUCCAACGAAAACGAACCAAAAUCGCAAACGAGACACCGGUCAAGGAUAAACCAAAAACAAGCCAGGUCCUGCUAAGAUCCAUCUCGAGACCAAUGAGAAUGUUGUUCCGCAGUCCAAUCGUCACUGGUCUGUCUCUAUACCUUGCUUUGAUAUACGGCUAUCUAUAUCUUCUAUUCACCACCUUCUCAACCGUCUUUCCCGAGCAGUAUGGCUUUGGCAUUGAUACUCUAGGGCUUGCUUUCCUUGGCCUUGGAGUCGGCUGUGUUGUUGCGCUGGUGAUUCUUUCGUGGCUUAGUGAUUGGCUGCAGAAUCGACUUACCCAGAAACACGGGGUGUCCAAGCCAGAAUACCGACUACUUCCGAUCGUUCUAGGAAUACCCUUACUUCCCAUCGGACUGUUCGUCUAUGGCUGGACAGCACAGUACAAGGUCCAUUGGAUAGUACCCAUAAUCUUCACUGGACUCACAGGAGCUGGUCUAAUCUUCUCAUUUCUUCCAACGCAGAUAUACAUGAUCGAUGCAUUCACAAGAUAUGCCGCGAGUGCUUUGGCUGCUACCAGCGUGGUGAGAAGCAUAGUUGGCGGCUGUUUGCCCAUUGCUGGACUACCCCUCUACUCUGCUCUCGGUUACGGAUGGGGGAACUCUCUUCUUGGAUUCAUUGCCAUUCUUGUUUCGGUCGCACCUCUUCUUUUCUGGCGAUAUGGUGAGUUAUUAAGGAAGAAGUAUGAUGUUCAGUUCGACUGA